AUGUCCUCUACUAGCUCCCAUGACCCAGACGACUACGGUUUCGCACCGUCAGAGACGGGGCCUUCAAAACAUUUGGUGCAGGAUCGAGGGUUGGUGGUCACUGAUCCCAAGGCCAGAGAUAUUGUGAAGGAGCAGAAGAGUUACUGUGCUGCCAAAGUGAAAGAGCGACACUUCAGUGGUGAUGUCCUGGGAUACGUCACACCCUGGAACAGCCAUGGUUAUGAAAUCACCAAGACGUUCGGUGGCAAAUUCACCUUAAUUUCUCCAGUUUGGCUUCAGAUCCAGAGGAAAGGAGUUCAGCUUUAUCACGUCACUGGUCACCAUGACAUAGACCAAGGCUGGGUGAAGAAUGUGAAGGCAGAAUUUGAAGCCGUCCAUUUUGUUCCUCGGAUUUUGUUUGAUGCCUGGACAUACCGUGACUAUGAAAGUCUUUUUAACAGCGAGGAUGAAAUCGAAGAGCUGUCAGAAGCAUUAGUGCAGACUGCAAAGGCUGAGGACUUUGAUGGCUUUGUCUUGGAGGUAUGGAGCCAACUUGGUGGUCACAAACGCAAGGAACUUGUCCAUGUGAUCCGCCACUUGGCCAAUGCCAUGCAGGAAGCCGAGCUGAAAAUUGUGUUGGUGAUUCCCCCAGCCAUCUCUCCAGGGACCAACCAGCCAGGAAUGUUUGGGAAGCAGGAUUUCGAGCAGCUGGCCCAGGUUGUGGAUGCAUUCAGUCUGAUGACGUAUGACUUUUCGAAUCAACAUCGACCUGGUCCCAACUCCCCACUCCCCUGGAUACAAGCCUGUGUUCAGAAAUUGGACCCGGAUGCGGUUUGGAGAAAUAAGAUCCUCUUGGGGCUGAAUUUCUACGGGAUGGACUAUGGUAUCCUUGGAGGGACAGCAGAGCCUAUUGUAGGGCACAGAUAUAUCGAGAUUCUGAAAGAUUACAAGGCAAAGCUGCAAUGGGACGAGCAAAUUGCUGAGCAUUUCUUUGAUUAUAAGAGGCACCAGGGUGGGAAACAUAUUGUGUUUUACCCAACAUUAAAGUCUAUCCAGGUGCGGUUGGAGCUGGCGAAAGAGUUGGGCACCGGGAUCUCUAUCUGGGAACUAGGCCAGGGCCUGGACUAUUUCUACGACCUGCUAUAAAUAGGUCACUGAGCCCCAUCAUGAGGACACGCCAUGGGCUGCUUUGUUUCUGAAGGCCCGAAAGGAUGAUCUCAACCAAUGUGUUUCUGUGAAGGCGAUGGUUUCUACAUCUGGGUUUGGGGAAGAAUUUAAAGUUUGAAACAACGUUAGAACACUUAACCUGGAUUUCCUAAAGCCAGUCGUUAAAUAAAAGUUUUUGUGAGUACA